AUGGCAUCCUUAUCUGCCCAGUCGACAGCCCCUGCGGCUCUCUAUCACUCCAUUGAGACACAGUCCAACGCGUCCGCAACCCCUGGACCAAGUCGUACAUCUCAAUCAGCACCAAGUUCUGUGGCACCAGCGAGCAUCCCGGGAGCUGACUUCCAAGUUCCAACGUGGCUUCAACACCAUAUGAGAUUAUGGAAGAUUCCGCCAACCCCUGUCCGGGCUCAUGCAUGGGUCCUUGAGGCCCUCGAUCACUUCAAUUCCAAGACAGCACUACCAGAGCAUUUCCGCGGUAUUCGUCCCCAGCUUCAUCGAGCAUGGUUGAGAGAGAACAAGAAAAACGCCAAGCCAACCGCCACCAAGAAAAGAAAAUCAGAUGGAACCCCCAUCCAGCCUGCAUCCAAGAAAACGAAGGGAUCAACGACAGUCAAGUCAGAGAACCAGGACGUUGCAAUGCCACCUCCAAAGCCCUUGGGAAAUCUGAAAGGAAAGUACGCCAUCGAAACAUUUUACCGCUGCUGCGAUGACGAGUCUCAACGGGACCACGAUCAGUUUUGUAGUAUAGUCUUCACCCCAGGAGACGGUGGGACGCUGCGAGGCUAUCUGACUUUGGGCCGAAUGAAGUACACUGCACUCAUGCUUUUCGAUAAAUGUCCAACAGACGCUUCGACCGGCAAAGUGCCAUUCAGAUGGCGCGGCAAAAGGGUGUCCAACAAGUUCAAAGUGUGGCGAGGUGAUAAAAACUAUGGCUGGGCGAAGUUUCUUGGAGAUGGCAAGAUCGAAGUUUAUCUUGAUAAGCUGAAACUGGAGCUCGUAGCACACAAGGCUCGGGGUCUUGGUGAACAGCGCAAGCAUAGCGCGUCAUGGUUUUGGGAUGACUGGCGUGAGUUGGAUGAGGAAGGUCUAGACUUGCUUGAUACCGACAGAUGGGCAUCACCUGAAUGGUGGUAA